AUGCUAGGAAGAGUCAGCCAGCCACUUCUCUCCACUUCCCACAAGAUUCUUGCCCCAGCCGCGAGAAACUUGAUGCUUCAUGAGCAUCAUGGAAUGUCCAUCUUGCAAAAUCAUGAUAUCAAGGUUCCACCAUUUGGAGUGGCUAAAGACGCUAACCAAGCAGCCGAAGUUGCCAAGAAAAUCGGAGGAAAAGAUUACGUCGUGAAAGCCCAAGUUCUUGCCGGAGGACGUGGAAAAGGAAAAUUCUCGUCCGGACUUCAGGGAGGAGUUCAAAUCGUCUUUACGCCUGAUGAGGUUAAGGACAAAGCUGGAAAGAUGUUGGGAGCCAACCUCAUAACCAAACAAACUGACCAUCGUGGAAAAAAAUGCGAAGAAGUUAUGGUCUGCAAACGAUUGUUCACUCGCAAGGAGUACUAUUUUUCCAUCACUUUGGACAGAAACACAAAUGGACCAAUCGUUAUUGCUUCUGCCGAAGGAGGUGUCAAUAUUGAGGAAGUUGCUGCCACCAAUCCAAAUGCCAUUGUCAAGAUGCCAAUUGACGUAAAUGUUGGACUCACCCCAGAAAUUGCUCGUCAAAUCGCCGAAAAGAUGGGAUUUGUUGGAGAUGCAAUUCCACAAGCAACGGAUAUUAUUGUGAAGCUUUACAAGGUGUUCAAGGGUAGUGACGCAACUCUCGUUGAAAUUAACCCAAUGGCUGAAGAUGUUAAUGGAGAAGUCUUCUGCAUGGAUUGCAAACUUUUGCUCGACUCAAACGCCGAAUUCCGUCAAGAGAAAAUUUUCGCCUUGAAGGACAGCAAGCAGGAAGACCCGCUCGAGAUCCGUGCCGCUGCUGCUAACUUGAACUACAUUCGUCUUGACGGAAAUAUCGGAUGCAUGGUCAAUGGUGCUGGUUUGGCUAUGGCUACCAUGGAUAUUAUCAAGCUUCACGGAGGCGAGCCAUCUAACUUCUUGGACGUUGGAGGUGGUGCCACUGUGGAGCAAGUCACUGAGGCUUUCAAAAUCAUUACCGCUGAUUCGGACAAAGUGAAUGCUAUCCUUGUCAACAUCUUCGGAGGAAUCAUGAGAUGUGAUGUUAUUGCUCAAGGAAUCAUCCAAGCAGCUAAGGAGCUCAACUUGAAAAUCCCAAUUGUUGUGAGACUUCAAGGAACAAAGGUCGAAGAUGCGAAGGCUCUCAUUGCCACUUCUCAGCUCAGAAUUUUGCCAUGCGAUAACCUUGACGAGGCUGCUAAGAUGGUUGUGAAGCUUUCCAACAUUGUUGAUCUUGCUCGCGCGUCCAACGUCGAUGUCAAAUUUGAGCUCUCGAUCUAA